UAAUGGGCCGAGUCAGGAGGCGACAGUUUUGUCGAGAAAAUCAAAUUACAUUUCGUUCAGUCUCGCUUAUAUGAAAAUCUGUAAAAUAUGCGAUACUAUCUCAAGGAUGAGGUGGUCUCUCACAACAAGAAGGACGACUGCUGGGUGAUCAUACACACGAAUGUCUUUGAUCUGACGCCCAUGUUGAAGGAUCGCCUGGACCACUGGAAUCGUACCUUGGACUAUCUUAUAGCCCAUGCCGGCAAAGACUUAACCCAUUUCUUCCAUGAGAAUGGAGAGCCCCGCACGGAGAUCUCUUCCAGCACUGGGCGACCCCGUGUCCUGUUUCCACCCAUUCUGGAGGUGGCCAUCUCCGAGUUCUCCAAAACGCCGGGUGUCAUGUGGAGUCAGGAUCCCUUCUACCACAUUGGAAGAGUCACAAAGAGGGCUCGGGUCAUUAGGAUUAUUAACACCCUGACCGCCCAGACGCAGUUCAUGACCGUUUGCGAUGAGGACAGCAUCUACGACAUUCAACAAAAGUACAAAGAGAGGUAUAAUCACCAUGCCGGCAGCUAUGAGUGGCGGAAGUUCUCGAAGGGGGGCAAAGGCUGCAGUGUCCUGGACCUGAAUGGCACCCUGGACGAGAACGGGCUGACGGAUGAGGAGGACAGCACCUUGGAGCUGCCACCGCCCUCCAUUUGGCUCUACUACACGGAUGACAUAACAAUUGCUUGAUUAUUCCGUUUAUGAUUAAUUGGUAUUGGAAAUUUGUUGUGCU